AUGGACGUACCUGAGCCGGAAACUACCCCUUUCGACGCCAUAAGUACACAGAGCAAUAAGCUGCUAAGGCAAUACCAAACUUAUCUCGACAAAUCAACCCCCUACGUCGCCUACCGAUGGUCGGCAACCGCUGUCCUCCUCCUUCUCUUCUUCCUCCGGAUCAUUGUCGCUCAAGGCUGGUAUAUCGUCGCCUAUUGUCUGGGUAUUUACCUGCUCAACCUCUUCCUCGCGUUCCUUCAGCCCAAAUUCGAUCCCAGCCUGUCGCAGGACGAGGGACUCGAGGAUGGUGAAGGCUCAUCUCUGCCCACCAAGAAUGACGACGAGUUCAGGCCGUUUAUCAGAAGGCUGCCCGAGUUCAAGUUCUGGCAUUCUGCAACAAGAGCUAUCACCAUAAGCUUUCUCUGCAGUUGGUUUGAGAUCUUCAACCUGCCGGUCUUCUGGCCUGUGCUCGUUAUGUACUGGCUGAUCCUCUUCUCCCUGACUAUGAGACGACAGAUCCAACAUAUGAUCAAGUACCGUUACGUACCCUUCUCGUUCGGAAAGGCCAAAUACCCGGGCAAAUGA